CUCGUCCAUCAUCCGAUCUUGGACGAUUUGGCCUUGAUGAGGAGGUCGCUGUUGUGGAACCGUGGCCGACUUCUUCGACUUCAGCGGCGUCUUCUACCUCAGCAAACUCCAGCAAGAAGAAGACUCAAGAAAUCAGCAAGGCCAAGGACAGACGUGGAGAUGGC